AUGUGGUGCGGACGGGCGCUGGCGCAGGCCGUUGGAUUUUUGCAUCGAGCAUUCAGUGUCUUCUUAUUUAACUCUGAAAAUAAGCUUCUGCUACAGCAAAGAUCAGAUGCUAAAAUUACUUUUCCAGGUUGUUUUACCAAUAGUUGUUGUAGUCAUCCAUUAAGUAAUCCAGGCGAACUUGAAGAAAAUGAUGCCAUUGGUGUGAGACGAGCAGCCCAGAGGCGUCUAAAAGCUGAAUUAGGAAUUCCCUUAGAAGAGGUUCAUCCAGAAGAAAUUAAUUAUCUAACUCGAAUUCACUACAAGGCACAAUCUGAUGGUAUCUGGGGUGAACAUGAAAUCGAUUACAUCCUGUUCUUGAGGAAGAAUGUAACUUUGAAUCCAGAUCCCAAUGAGAUUAAAAGCUACUGUUAUGUUUCAAAGGAAGAACUAGAAGAACUUAUGAAGAAAGCAGCCAGGGGUGAAAUUAAGAUAACGCCAUGGUUUAAAAUUAUUGUAGAGACUUUCCUCUUUAAAUGGUGGGAUAACUUAAAUCACUUGAACCAGUUUGUUGACCAUGAGAAAAUACAUAGAAUGUGAAUGUGUAGCUAAAUGAUGAUGGAAG